AUGGACGACGAGGCGACGACCAUCUCCGAAGCCGACCUCACGCGCCUGCUACCCACCUGUCAGAGAUGUCGACGUCUGCGUCGGAAGUGUGACACGCAACUUCCAGCGUGCCGGUUGUGUCAGAAGGGUAAAGCAGAGUGUACCUUUUUCGACCAUGCCCUGCAGCAAACACUGCCACGAAGUUAUGUCCACUCGCUGCUCACUCGAUUGAGUCGGCUAAGGGCAGCUCAGGUGGCUGCGAAUGGCAACAACGAACCGCCAAGUGCCUUCCGAUACCCUCACCAUGCGCGGAAUCUGUCGACAGCGACCGUGUCCACCAUCCCGGAGCCGUCCACCAACGGCUGGGGCACCCACACCAGCGAGCUGUCCUUUGACAAGCAUUUCAUUCUGCGCAACGCCAAUCCGACAUGCUGGCAAUUCUUCGGUAGCAGUUCAGCCUACUCGCUCGCAAUCGAGGUCAUUGUCCAUGCCCAAGCCAGGCUGGGCCAGAUCACCUUCCCAGAUACGUAUCAGCAGGGAGAAUUCUGGCUCGUUUCCCACCGGAAUGCUGGCGAAGAGUCGCCGCACCCCCGGUUGACACCUUCGAGAGAGGAGAUUGAGAUGCUGUUCACUCUCUACUCGAGUACGACCAACCUGAUGAUGAGCGUAGUGGACUUGAACGAAGUACACGCCGAAAUCUCGGUAUACUUGCAAUAUCAGGGAUCUAACAACCAUAUGCUCUCGGGUCCCGAAGCUCAUCAAUUCUUCCGAGUCAGCAUGGUGUGCGCCAUAGCUGCUGCCAACAAAGCCCGCCAUCGACCAGAAUACGUGAAUGAGUCGAUGGCAUAUUACGCAGAGGCGCUGCAGUGCGUGGAGGAGGUUACAUCCGACGUCUCGGUCGAGUCCUUGCAGGCAUUGCUACUGCUCACCCUCUUUGCCCUCUUCUACCCUAGAAGAGGCGAUAUCUGGAAGCUGCUGGACUUUGCCUGUCGGCUCGGUGUCGAGCUCAACUACCAUUCCGAGACCAACGAUGAGUUUGAGAGUGAAAAAGAUCGUCGCUCCCGCCGAGCAAUCUUCUGGGGGCUGUACACCAUUGAGCGGACCAUAGGCCAACACUUCGGUCGACCUGCAGACCUUACAGAGGAAAUCAUUACGGCUGAAUAUCCCGCCUCCAUUCACGAUGCGGCGGGGAACGAUCCAGCAUCGCUGCAAUUCAUUCUUUCAUCGCACUACUAUCGCCUAACUUACAUGAGGUCAGAGAUUUUCCGGGACUUGUACAUGCCAGCAGCUGCCCCUAACCUGCCGCGAGGCUGGUACGAACAGCGUCUAGAUCAUAUUCUCGCCUGGAGACGCGAGCUACAUUAUCUGGACAAUGUGUUGGGUGUCGGUUCCAUGACGUGCGAGAUGGGAUUCGAUAGCUCAGUUUGUUUUCUCUUCCAGCCGCUCUUGCUGAGGGCACUCGCGUCAACAAAAGAGCCAAUGCUCGCCCAUGACUGCGCAGACAUAAUCCCACGCGAAAGCUACCACUCCGCAUGUAAGGUGAUCGACUUCUACAACAAGCUACUUCAUGGCGCCGAGGACUCCCCAUAUGGUCAAUAUCCCAUCACUGUCAUCUCAGCACAUUACAUAUACCAAGCCGCCCUGACAAUCAUGUCCCAUUGCCUGUUGGCGAUUGAUGGCCGGCUCCCAGUGGUCAAUUUCUCAAAUGAGAUGAGUGGCAACGCUGAAGGGCCCAUUGAUUUCCGGGGAAUCGCGGAGAUCUCAGAGACUACCCUCGCCCUGCUCGACUCUUUGGGCAAGAAAUUCGCAGGCAUGGUCGGAAUGUAUGAUAUCUGCAAGAAUUUGCAUGACAAGGUCUUGCCAGUCAUGAUGCGCAGCGGUCUUGCUUGA